CGCUAUAGCGGAGCCUUCUGGCUGUGUGUGUGUUUGAGGAGGAUCCGGCGCCGAAGCUGCAGACGGUUUGCUGAGCCCGUUAGUGUCCCUUCGGAGACUCAACGCCGGCGUCAUGUCCCGGUACCUGCGCCCCCCCAACACGUCUCUCUUCGUGAGAAACGCAGCCGACGAUACCAGGUCUGAAGAUUUACGUCGGGAAUUUGGUCGUUAUGGUCCUAUAGUUGAUGUGUAUGUUCCACUUGAUUUCUACACUCGCCGUCCAAGAGGAUUUGCAUAUGUUCAAUUUGAGGAUGUUCGUGAUGCCGAAGAUGCUUUACAUAAUUUGGACAGAAAGUGGAUUUGUGGACGCCAAAUUGAAAUACAGUUUGCACAGGGGGAUCGAAAGACUCCAAAUCAGAUGAAAGCCAGGGAAGGGAGGAAUGUGUAUAGUUCUUCACGCUAUGAUGAUUAUGACAGAUACAGACGUUCUAGAAGCCGAAGUUAUGACAGAAGAAGAUCAAGAAGUCGGUCCUUCGAUUACAACUAUAGAAGAUCUUAUAGUCCUAGAAACAGUAGACCGACUGGAAGACCACGGCGUAGCAGAAGCCAUUCCGACAAUGAUAGAUUCAAACACCGAAAUCGAUCUUUUUCAAGAUCUAAAUCCAAUUCAAGAUCACGGUCCAAGUCCCAGCCCAAGAAAGAAAUGAAGGCUAAAUCACGUUCUAGGUCUGCAUCUCACACCAAAACUAGAGGCACCUCUAAAACAGAUUCCAAAACACAUUAUAAGUCUGGCUCAAGAUAUGAAAAGGAAUCAAGGGAAAAAGAAGCACCUAGAUCCAAAUCUCAGUCAAGAUCACAGUCUAGGUCUAGGUCAAAAUCUAGGUCAAUCUGGACUAGUCCUAAGUCCAGUGGUCACUGAUAGUAUAAACCAUGAUAUUUUUAGGCAUGUAUCAUUCAUUUACUCAUAGUUUGGUUUACUUAAAUUAUCAGGAAUACAAUGUUGCAAUGAUGCUUAUAAAACACUUGUCAGUUUUCCCUGUACCAGGCAAUGGUUAUAAUUAAAAUGAUAUGCUGUUGAGAAGCCACUCUUAAGAGUCCAGUUUGUUUAAUGUUAUGGGCAGCUACCAAUUCGUGGUGUCUCUGUAUAUUUUUGUAAAGAUUCUCAUUUUUUAUGCUUGAAGUAUUGGUGAAAAGAUGUUGGUUGACCAUAAUUUGCAACAUUGUCUUAUUAAAAAUAAACUUUCAUAUCCAUAUUUGGUAGAACUGUUAACCUAGAAAUGUAGCUUGCUAAUAAGAUAGAAUGAUAAAAAAGUGAAGUUGUAGCCACAGUACAACACUGACCGACCAGACACAUUUAGGUUCAGGGUGGACCUUUUUGUCUUGUCAAGAUGUCUAGGCCCGUGAUGAUAAUUUAUGGCACAGUGUGGAAUAGUUCUUUUGUUAACCCCCACUGUCUUGGGAAAUGACAACUGGGUUAAGUAGCAUUUUCAGGCAGAUUGUUUGAUUGAAACAAGGAGCCUUCACUUUCCUGGUUUCCAUGAAGAUUUGGAACCAUACAAACGUCGGAAAAACUCACCUUAAAAUUUGGGCAGGUUGAUGAUGGCAGAAAUAAUUUUAAGGGGAAAAGAAUGCUCUUACGUAGUUACUCUAAACUUUAAGGAGCGUUGUUGACCAUAAUGCAUAGUUUUCUUACUGCUAUUAAAAGCAAGUAAAGUGCUUCAAAGGAGGUUUUGUUUGUGAGUGCAUAGUAUAAAAGGACUGAAUUUUGAUGCUUAAAGCCCUUGGUGUGUGCAUUUGUAUCAAAAUGUGCCCAUCUCUUUAUGAAGGAAGCUUGUUCUUCACACCUCAGUUUAUUUAACGUGAGGCAAGUUAAAAAGCAACACUC